AUGUCGGUCAAGUUUGAGAGGGACACGGUCAAGCAGACGGUGCAGAACGUCAUGUCUGGAACUCUUCCAAAGGACGGCCAGAUCCCCGGCACCAGUGGAAGACAUCCCCUUGCCGAAACGGUCGGCACGGCCCUCACCGGCGGCAUCCAAAAUGCUGGAACCAAGGGCUAUCUGGCGGCCUACAUCAAGCAGCUCGAAUCCAACCCUCUGCGGACGAAAAUGCUUACCGCUGGUUCUCUCGCCGGUGCCCAAGAGCUCAUCGCCUCUUGGCUUGCCAAGGACCGCAACAAGCAUGGCCACUACUUCACAUCGCGCGUCCCCAAGAUGGCCGCCUACGGCGCUCUUGUCAGCGCCCCUCUGGGCCACAUCCUCAUCUUUCUUCUGCAGAAAGUUUUCCGCGGCCGCACCAGCCUGAAGGCCAAGAUUAUGCAGAUCAUCGUCAGCAACUUGAUUAUUGCGCCCAUCCAAAACAGCAUCUAUCUCGUUGCCAUGGCUUUGAUUGCGGGCGCCCGCACCUACCAUCAGGUCCGCGCCACCGUCAAGGUUGGCUUCUGGAGGGUCAUGCGCGUCUCCUGGGUCACGUCGCCCAUCUGUCUCGCAUUUGCCCAAAAGUUCCUGCCCGACCAGCUUUGGGUGCCUUUCUUCAACAUCAUCUCCUUCAUUAUCGGCACCUACAUCAACACCACGACCAAGAAGAAGCGCCUCGCCGCCCUGCGCCGAAAGCACUUUGGCGACAGCCGUGAUGCUCGCUCCGGUGGCAUGGGUAGGCCCGAUGACUACCCUCCACCCCCGAUGGGCCCGAAUCCUCCGUACUAG